AUGGGUGACUGGAACCUACUGGGCAGCAUCCUGGAAGAGGUCCACAUUCAUUCAACCGUGGUGGGCAAGAUCUGGCUGACCAUUCUGUUCAUUUUCCGCAUGCUGAUCCUGGGGGCGGCCGCCGAGGACGUGUGGGACGACGAGCAGUCGCAAUUUGUCUGCAACACUGAGCAACCAGGUUGCAAGGCAGUCUGCUACGACCGGGCCUUCCCCAUCUCGCUCAUUCGCUUCUGGGUCUUGCAGGUCAUCUUCGUGUCCGCGCCUUCGCUCGUCUACAUGGGCCACGCCCUCUACUGCAUCCGGGCGCUGGACAAAGAGCGCCACAGGAAACGGUUACAGCUCAAGGAGGAGAUGGAGCGAGCCCAAUUGGCAUUGGACGAGCACAAACGAAUAGAGAGGGAGCUGAGAAAGCUGGACGAACAGCGAAAGGUGAAAAAGGCGCCGCUGCGGGGAUCGCUCUUGAGAACCUACGUCAUCCAUAUCCUGACACGCUCGGCCGUGGAGGUGCUCUUCAUCCUCGGACAAUACCUUCUUUACGGCGUCCGACUGGAGCCGCUGUAUAAAUGCGAGAGGACGCCUUGCCCCAACAGCGUGGACUGUUACGUCUCCAGGCCCACGGAGAAGACCGUCUUCAUGCUUUUCAUGAUAGCCAUCGCGGCCAUCUCGCUUUCCCUCAACGUUCUGGAAAUAUCCCACCUGGGCCUGGGCAAAAUCAAAAAGGCCCUCUCGGGAGACAGAGAUGUGGACGAUGACUGUUUGAUUUUCAAGUCCAAGAGGAAGGUAUCCUUGUCACAUCAUUGUAUGAUGACCCACGUGUCGCCUUACAAUGGACCUCUGACUCAGACGUUCAAGGUAAUAGCGCAAGAAGACGUCAAGCCGCCGCCGCCGCCACCUCUUUACCCCGGCCACGAGGCUGCCCCGAACAACAGCGCGGCGGCCCAUCUCAAUCAGACCAACUACAUCUGCCCUCCCCCCCCUCACAAGGAGAGCCCCCCUCACAAGGAGAGCCCCCCUCACAAGGAGAGCCCCCCUCACAAGGAGAGCCCCCCUCACAAGGAGAGCCGUCAGAGAGAGCAUAGCGGCCGUUUAGAUGUUCUUCUGCAACGUUCGUCGACGCAGAACCUCGAGGAUAGUGACUCUGUGGGGAGCGAGGUCCUUCUACCUAAAGCUCGAAAAACCAGCUUCAUGUUCAGACCACCAUCUGAAAGUUUGUCAUCCAUCAGCCGUUCCACAAGUUCCUCAUUACAUUCUUCAGAAGAGUCCGAUGAACUGGGUUCCCUGCAGGGGGACACGCUCAUGACGCCCCCUGCCGCGGGAAGGAGAAUGUCAAUGAGUGUCUUUCUGGAUAUUUCAUCUAUCAUGAAGAAGUGA